AUGAAACCAGCAAUUGGCGUCCAACGUGGGAACGAAAGGCCUGAGUCUUUAAGCUGCAGGGUCAAAAGCGACAAUUUCGGCACCUCAGGCGGCCUCCGUGUGAUUGGCCGGGUGCGGUGUGUCUCCACCUGCACCUGGGCGGCCUCCGCGUGGUUGGCAGCGUGCGGGGCCUCCACCUGCACUUGGGCUAGCGCCCACGGCGGGUUACAUCGGAGGCCCAGAGGCUGCAGGGCUGCAGUCCCAGCCGCCACUCCCUACAGAGGGGGCGCCGCGCAUGCGCCCCCCGAGCCCGCGUCGCCAUUGCGCAGGUCGCGGUGGGCCGAUCGCCAGCGCUUGCUCCGCCUCGGCCGGCGGCGCCCUUCCGCUCCCGGUGCAGGCUGCGGCGUCUGGGCAGCGCGAGGGCCUCAGUCCGCGGAGCCGGUGAGUGCGCCCGGGAGAGGCGGCCUGGGCAGUCCCAGGGCAGGGCCGCCCACCGCUGUGUGCGCCGCGCCCGGGGCUAGGAGCCCGCUCGCUGGUCCCCGAGCCCCAGCGUCUCUUCGCCGACCGCUCCCAAGUUCUCGACGCGUGAUGCCCUCUCUGAAGGCUGUGCUUUCCCAAGAGGGGUGUGGGGAGGAGGAAGUGAACUAUGGAUCACAGACAGUCAGGUCCCAGGAAUCGCUGACAUUCCAGGACGUGGCCGUGAACUUCACUAGAGAGGAGUGGGAGCGGCUGUACCCUGCUCAGAAGAACCUCUAUCGGGACGUGAUGCUGGAGAACUACAGGAACCUGGUGGCUCUGGGGCAUCAGCUUUAUAAGCCAGAGGUGAUCACUCAGUUGGAGAAAGAGGAGCUGCGGUUAACAGAAAGAGAUGGCCCCCUGGAAACCCCUCCAGAUGCAGAGAACAUACCUGAAGUAAAAAAGUCAGCUCUAAACCAGAGUAUUUCUGAUGAAAACCAAACCCAGGACAUGAUCAUGCAAAGACUAACAAGAGACAGUUUCUGGUACUCCAUCUUAGGAGGACUCUGGGAUUUUGAUUAUCACUUAGAGUUGAACCAAGAAAACCAGCAGAGAUAUUUGGGACCAGUAUCUCUCAUCCACCAAAAGCUCACACAGGAGAGAAACAGCGAAUGUAGGAGAUCAGAGGACAAUUAUGGUCAGAGAAAUCCUUCUCUUCAAAUACCCCUUUAUUAUGGUGCACAAGGAAAUAGCCUCAGACAUGGCUCAGACUUGAUCUGCUAUCAGGGAAACCCUGUGAGAGAGAACCCCUGUGAAUUUAACGAGUGUGGAAGAACCUUCGGUCAACAUAUUCUUCUUCCUAGUAAUGCAUGUGCCAUGGAGAACCCCAGGGAACAUGGAAAGGCCUUUAGCCACAGCUUGCCUCUCGGCCAGCCUCAGCCAAUGUUGACGGGAGAGAAGCCCUACAAGUGUGAUGACUGUGGGAAGAGAUUCAGCCAGAGAAUACACCUCAUUCAACAUCAGAGAAUUCACACAGGGGAAAAGCCUUUUACGUGCCAUGAGUGUGGGAAAGCCUUCCGCCAGCAUUCCUCCUUCACCCAGCAUCUGAGGAUCCAUACUGGAGAGAAACCCUAUAAGUGCAAUCAGUGCGGCAAGGCCUUCAGCCGCAUCACGUCUCUCACCGAGCACCAUAGACUUCACACGGGAGAGAAACCCUAUCAGUGCAGCUUCUGCGGGAAAACCUUCAGCCAGAGGACACAUCUCAACCAGCACGAGAGGACCCAUACUGGAGAGCGGCCUUACAAAUGUCCUGAGUGUGGGAAAGCCUUCAGCCAGAGCGCACACCUGAACCAGCACAGGAAAACCCACACCCGUGGGAAGGUGCUGGAGUGCAAGUGUGGGCGGGCCCUCCGCCACCAUGCAUCACUCUGCAGCACGUGAUUGUGCUGGGGAAUAGAAGCGCAGGAAACUGUCUUCCCGGGCAAUGAUCCAGUGAUGCAAAUUAUUCACAGUGGAUAAAAAGCUUAUAAAUAAACCUUUAAUGCAUAAAAACCAAAUAAAAUGUGCACCUUAAA